GUGCUUUCACGGGGUCGAUUUUUGCAAAUAUUUUGGAGCCUGCAUGUAGGAGUAAUAAAUGGACCGACAAGGCGCUCUAAGAUCCAGGGUUUCAUUGAUCUCCUCCUCCCCCUAUUCCAACUGUUUUCCACUCCAUCAAAAGCUGUAUCGAUUGAUGAGGCUAUGAUAGCUUUCCGAGGCCGUAUAUUCUUCCGGCAGUACAUCAGAGGCAAGCCUACACCCUGGGGAAUAAAGGCGUACGUGCUAUCAGACUGCGACACCGGUUAUCUCUAUUCAGUUCUCAUCUACUACGGUAGGGAGACGGAACUGAUAAACAGGCCAGAGCUGAACCACACAACAAAGGUUGUACUUACAUUGAUGGAGCCGAUCGCGAACAUGGGGUACGACUUGUAUACGGACAGAUUUUACACCAGUCCCAUACUUGCUCUUGAGCUUGCUGCCAUCAAAACUACACUCACUGGCACAGCGAUGGCGAACAGGAAGGACAUGCCACAGGCCCUAAAACAAAAGAGAAAAAGGAAAAAGGGUGAUGUGUGAUACCAUAAGGGGAAUAUGGUGGUAACAGAAUGGACGGACAAAACUAACACUGAUCAUGCUGACUACUAAGUACUCAAACAAGAUGAUUGAUGUGCCUUCCAGGUUGUCUGGCAACAAACAUCUUCCUGAGAUGGUGCACGAGUAUAACCAGCAUAUGAUGGGUGUCGACAGGAUGGAUCAGAUGAUGGCGUACUACGCUUUUCAGCGGAAGUCCAUCAAAUGGUGGCGCAAGGUUUUCUUCUGGUUGUUGGAGGUAGCAGUAAACAAUGCACAUGUACUGUACAAGUCACACACCAGCAGCUCUCGGAAGAUGUCACUGAAAGAGUUCAGGAGAGAAUUGGCCGUUCAGCUGUGCCGAGGGGUUGUGCAGGAAGAUAGUUUGGGGUACCAACGAAUGGACCAGAGUGUCGAGAGACUUCGAGGGCGGCACUUCCCUGAUCAAGGCAGGAAGAGGAGAGAUUGCCGUGUCUGCAGUGACCGCUGCUCUGU